AUGGCGUCCGCCGUAUUCUUCUUGGACCUAAAGGGCAAGACCCUUUUAGCCCGCAACUACCGUGGAGACAUUCCCAUGUCCGCAGUCGAGAAGUUCCCCAUACUCCUUAGCGAAGCCGAAGAAGAAAGCUCCGCCGUCCCUCCAUGUUUCUCCCAUGAAGGAAUCAAUUAUCUCUACAUCCGUCACAGCAAUCUCUACAUCCUCGCCCUAACCAAGAGAAAUACCAAUGCCACCGAGAUCCUCCUCUUUCUCCACAAGAUUGUGGAAGUCUUUACAGAAUAUUUUAAGGUCCUGGAGGAAGAGAGUAUUCGCGACAACUUCGUCAUCAUUUACGAGCUGCUGGACGAGAUGAUGGACUUUGGCUACCCGCAGACAACAGAGAGCAAGAUCCUGCAAGAAUAUAUAACACAAGAGUCACACAAGCUUGAGAUUCAAGCCCGACCGCCUAUUGCCGUCACAAAUGCCGUCUCCUGGCGAAGCGAGGGCAUUCGCUAUCGCAAGAACGAAGUUUUCCUUGAUGUUGUUGAAUCUCUCAAUCUCCUGGUAUCGGCGUCCGGAAACGUAUUGCGCUCGGAGAUCCUGGGUGCUAUCAAAAUGAAGUGUUACCUGAGCGGUAUGCCAGAGCUGCGGUUAGGUCUCAACGACAAGGUUAUGUUCGAAACGACUGGCCGCGCUACACGAGGAAAGGCGGUCGAAAUGGAGGAUGUCAAAUUCCAUCAGUGUGUCCGACUUUCCAGAUUUGAGAACGACCGGACUAUUAGCUUUAUUCCGCCGGAUGGGGAGUUCGAGCUUAUGAGCUACCGUCUCAACACGCAGGUCAAGCCUCUAAUCUGGGUAGAGUGCCUGGUUGAAUCACAUUCGGGCUCCCGAAUUGAAUAUAUGUUGAAGGCCAAAGCACAAUUCAAGCGUCGCAGCACUGCAAACAAUGUAGAAAUUCUCGUCCCCGUCCCAGAGGACGCAGACUCUCCCCGGUUCCGCACCAACAUCGGAAGCGUCCAUUACGCGCCCGAAAAAUCAGCGAUCAUCUGGAAGAUCAAGCAAUUCGGUGGAGGGAAGGAGUUCCUCAUGCGCGCCGAACUCGGCCUGCCAUCUGUCAAGGGCGACGACGAGCACGGCGGAGGCAUGACCGGAGGCUUCGGAGGCAGCAUGGGCGGCACCGGGCAAGGUAAAGCCAAGCGGCCCAUCAACGUCAAGUUCGAAAUUCCCUAUUUCACCACUAGUGGUAUCCAAGUGCGGUACCUGAAGAUCACAGAGCCCAAGUUGCAAUACCCCUCCCUUCCUUGGGUUCGAUACAUUACGCAGUCUGGCGAUAUCGCUGUCCGUAUGCCCGAUGUUCAAUGA